AUGGGCGGUUCGCGGGCCUGGACACUGCUCUGCCUCGGGCUCCUGCUCCCGGGAGGCGGCGCCGCGUGGAGCGUCCCGGGCGCCCGGUUCUCUGGUCGCAGGAACUGGUGCUCCUACGUGGUGACCCGCACUGUCUCGUGCCAUGUGCAGAAUGGCACCUACCUCCAGCGAGUGCUGCAGAACUGCCCGUGGCCCAUGGGCUGCCCUGGGAGCAGCUACAGGACGGUGGUGAGGCCCACAUACAAAGUGAUCUACAAGACAGUGACUGCCCGCGAAUGGAGGUGCUGCCCUGGACAUUCGGGGGUGACCUGUGAGGAAGGCUCCCCUGGCUUCCUGGAGCCUAUGUGGUCAGGCAGCAGCAUGCGACGGAUGGCAAUGCGGCCCACAGCGUUCUCAGGUUGUCUCAACUGCAGCAAAGUUUCUGAGCUGACCGAGAGACUGAAGGUGCUGGAGGCCAAGGUAGCUGUUCUGAGUGUCACAGAGCGGACGGUGUCCUCAAUCCCAGCCACCCCUAAGGACUCUGCCCUGAUUUGGGGUUCCCCAGCUGCCCAGGGCAGCCCUGGAGAUGGAGACCUGCAGGACAGAGUUGAUCCUUGGGAGCUUCAGGCCCGGUCCUCUUCCCUGGCCCCUGCUCAGCAGCCCCGCAGUGGUACCUGUUCGUUCCUGGGCUGUGAAACUGUCUUGGUCCACUUGACUCAUGUACUCUGCUCAGCAGACCCUGAACUGGGUCCACAGGGACCCCCAGGGCGUCCUGGCCAGACAGGAACUGCAGGCAUCCCUGGAGAGAUGGGCCCUCCAGGACCUCCUGGACCUCCUGGGCCCCCAGGUCCCCCAGCCCCUGUUGGACCACCCCACGCCCAUAUCUCCCUGAAUGGAGAUCCAUUACUGUCUAACACCUUCACUGAGACCGGCAGCCACUGGCCCCAAGGACCCACUGGACCCCCAGGCCCUCCAGGCCCCCCAGGGCCCAUGGGUCCUCCCGGACUUCCUGGCCCCAUGGGUGCCCCUGGGAGUCCUGGACACAUGGGAACCCCGGGCUCUUCUGGACCCAAAGGACCCUCUGGCCACCCAGGAGAGAAAGGCGAGAAAGGACUGCCUGGGGAACCUGGCCCCCAAGGGUUAAUGGGGUUGCCGGGAGAACCUGGCCCCAAAGGAGACCCUGGUGAGAAGAGUCACUGGGCUCCUAGCUUACAGAGCUUCCGGCAGCAGCAGGCCCAGCUGGAGCUCCUGGCCAGACGGGUCACCCUGCUGGAAGCCAUCAUCUGGCCAGAACCAGAGCUGGGAUCCGGGGUAGGCCCUGAUGGCACGGGUACCCCCAGCCUCCUUCGAGGCAAGAGGGGAGGACACCCAACCAACUACCAGAUCGUGACCCCCAGGAGACACGACAGGAGGAGCUGAGGAUGGUGGUGGCUCUUCAGAGUUCCACACCAGGCUUCCUCCCCUAGCCUGGACUUGGCCAGCUGCCUCCAGAGACCGCCAGUUCCUAUUUAUUAAUAUCCUCAGGGACCCCUGUGCCAUCUUGGCCAUAGGGAUAGGCAGGCAGGUCUCAGUGAUGUCAGCCUGUACAUGACAGACGAAGCAGGGACUGGGCCCUGAGAGGAAGUCUACUCAAGACGUCAGACCUAUUUCCCCCUGUGGAAUAGGGUGAAAAGAGGAGUGGGUGGAGGUACAAGGCUUCCAGUCUUCUAAAGUAGGGACCUGAGACUCUGCCUGGCUCUGUAGACAUGCAUGGAUCGAGGCAGAAGUCUCUGUUCCCCUCCUUAAGACCUUGGGGAGCCCUGUUUUCUGGUGCUGAGUUCCCACCUGAGCCCAGGCUGCUUAAUCCCCGACUGAAUGGUUGGUGCUCCUUAAAUCAGUUCUACCCAACCCCACUCCCCAGUGUUCCAUGUGGGGAUGGGAUGUAUAGAAAGGACUCCCACUCCAAGCAUCUGCUGCAGAUGCCAUAGAUUGCUAUGUACUGGACAAUAAACGCCCCUG